AUGGUGAUGCGGCUGCUGAUAGCGGCGAUAGUGGGGACGCUAGUGAAGCAACUCCCACUGCGCGAUGGUACAGAGCAAGUGACGAGGACUUUGAGGCUCAAGGGAGGGAGGAUGGAUAAUCCCCGAUCACUCGAUAGCGGAUAUUCCACGCGUCCAACUAAGGAAGAAGUUGAGAAGGCCAGGAAACAGUUUCUACUCGAUCCUGAGAUAUCAUCUCAGAACGACCCAAUGGCGAAGAUGCACAAGGAAGAUUUCCUCAAUUUCUUGGAUUAUGCUGCUCAGGAUCAUACAGAUGAGAUGUUCCUCUAUGAAGCCGCAAAUCUAGGUGAUAUCGAUCAGGUGGAAGCGAUUCUGCAAAGCGGUCAAGUUUCAAUAGACAGCAAGUUUCUGAACCGUACUGCUUUGAUGGUGGCUGCUGCUGCGGGGCACAUGAAUGUGCUCUGUUUGUUGUUGCAAAAUGGGGCAAAAACAGAAAUCAGAGACUCCAAGGGGAGGACUGCGUUGCACUUUGCGGUAGAAAAAGGAUAUCCGUUAGCCGUUGAGGUCGAGAUCUUGUUGCGAUGCGGAGCCGACCCAAAUGUUUAUGAUUACACCUACAAGCACUUGCCCAACUGCAAGGCAAUGGAUCUUCACUCUCAAUUUGCUCUGCUGAUCAAUGUUGCUGUUUCUGGUACCCUGCAGCCAGACUGUGGAAUCUCCCCGCUCCACCUUGCAAGAAGGUUUAUGCGGAGAUCUACUGCUGAAGACCAUCCUUUAUACGACCCGAGGUUGCGACGAGGAGGCGACUCGUACUGGCGGAUAGAAUGCAUGCUUAUAGAAUGGGGGGCCCACCAGUGGCUUCCAAGAAACGGAUGGAUUCAACAUAGCUUCCGCCCAUACUGUGAGGACGACACGUUUGACGACCUGAUAUCCGGUCGUGAACCGUCGCAACAAGAGAUGAAAGUGAUGGAUAUAUGUGAGACGUACGGAUACAAGCCAACAAAACGAGAAUUGAUGCCUCUGAAAGAAAUACUGAAGGCAACAGGCUUGAUCCCAUGGCUUUCAAAGCUCACUUUCAUUCGGUGCAGGAGCCACAAUAUGUGA